UGAUUGGAUGAAGGGGACCGAGACCAGAAGAAAACAGGCGUAGAGAAGGAGUGGUGGAAGCAGAGAGGAAUGAAGGAGCAGAGUGAAGCUGUAGGACCAUGAGUGAGAGCUGGCUGAUAGGAGCCCAGCGCCCUGUCUGAUCCCUGGGGAAACACUUUGUUGCCGCGGAGGAGAUGUUGUCUCCCGACGACUCGACCUCCUGGAGCAUCUCGUUCGCCGGCUGCGGGUUUUUGGGCAUUUACCACAUCGGGGUAGCCACCAGCCUGUGUGAACACGCUCCUCAUCUGGUGCAUAACGCCAAGAACAUCUACGGGGCAUCAGCCGGUGCGCUGACAGCCUGUGCCCUGAUCAGCGGAGCCUGUCUCGGAGAAUCUGGCGCAAAUAUUAUUGAUGUUUCUAGAGAAGCACGCAAGCGGUUCCUGGGUCCACUCCACCCUUCUUUUAACUUGAUAAAGAUCAUCCGUAGCCGACUUUACAAAGGAAUUCCAGACAAUGCACAUGAGCUUGCAACAGGUCGACUGGGCAUUUCUUUGACCCGUGUGUCUGAUGGCGAGAAUGUUCUGGUGACAGUUUUCAACAAUAAAGAGGAGCUUAUACAGGCCUGUAUAUGCAGCAUGUUUAUUCCUGUGUACUGUGGACUUAUACCACCAACGCUGCAAGGAGUGCGAUAUGUCGAUGGAGGAAUUACAGAUAACUUACCUCAGUAUGAACUCAAAAACACAAUUACAGUGUCUCCCUUUGCUGGAGAAAGUGACAUCUGUCCUCGUGAUUGCUCUAGCAAUAUGCAUGAAAUAAGAAUAACCAAUACCAGCAUUCAGUUCAACCUGCAGAACUUGUACCGCCUCUCCAAGGCCUUAUUUCCUCCUGAACCAGAGGUGAUGCGGGAUAUGUGGAAACAGGGAUACAGUGAUGCAUUUGACUUCCUCAAGAGGAAUUCUCUGUUGAAUCAGCCACAACCUUUGCGGAACCCUUCCCAGUCAGCUUCAAAUGAAUGUGAUGCAGCUGAUGAUGAGGAGGAGGCAAUGGAAGUAGAGGGAGAUCAAAUGAGAGUAUUAAACAGGGUCAGUAAGAAUAAUGACCAGAUCCUGGAACAUCUGUCACCACAACUUCAUCAAGCACUACUUGAAGCCUGUGCUGAAAAAAGACGUUUCCGUGCAGUCUUUUCAAACAUGCUGCCAGUCCGCCUAGCCUCUGCCAUGAUGCUUCCAUACACCUUGCCCCUGGAAUCCGCAGUCUCAUUCACCAUAAAAAUGUUGGAAUGGUUGCCUGAUCUCCCAGAAGAUAUUGACUGGAUGAAAGACCAGAUUGCCAGUAUUUUGUGGUACUUUGUAACAAAUGCCAAGGCAAAGUUGGAACGUCGUCUUUCAGCAAGGCUGCAAAAUAGUAUGCGGCUUCAAAGAACCCAGAGUCUUUUCAUACCACAGGGACCAUCUACCUACAAGUCUGUUAAGAAGUGGGUCCGCAGCAAUACUUCAGUGAUGGAUCUGAUUUCAAAAUGUGAAGCAUACCAGCGUCACCUAUGGCCCAGCAUGCCCCAUGUCAACUGGAAUGUGCAGGCCUCUCUCUAUCAGCAGGAUUUUGAUCCUGGCUUAGAGAUGAAACCCUCUGCUGCCCAUGGGGACCAGAUUUGACCAUCAUAAGGAGCCUCCUUCCACAUAGAGUAUUUCAUCCUCUAAGUGUCAUGUUACCUGCAAAUAAUUUUUGUUUUUACACAGACAUUUUAUGUUUUUCGUAUGCAGCAAUGUGCCAUGUGGAAAUAAACUGUUUGAAAACUUGUGAAAUUAUGCAUCCACAGCUAAACUGCUCUUAACAAACCUCUUCCAGUUGAAAAAAUUAUUUUCUUUAAUCACUUCGCUAUUGCUUGUGACCAGUUUCAUUGUUGGGGCUGCACCCAUAUUGCACGUUCAGUAGAGCAGUACCCUGAUAAAUAGCCUAUGUUUUGGUAAUUGUUAUUUUGAAUAUAAUUUUAUUGCCUUAAGAGUCACAAAUAUAAAUUUUACGACAAAUUUAUUUUUUGUAUUUAAAGAAUCAAAAAUUUUCAGAGAAAGUGGAUAUUUCAGUCAUUAAUGAAGCUAAAUUUAGCUGUUGGAUAGUGGUUUGAACUUCUGAAUGGAAUUGCGAAUCCCUAAAAGAAAUCUGGAGAAAUCUGAAAUGGAAAGCUAAGUAGAAGACCAAAGAGUAAUGUCACUGUGGAUGGAGGGGGGAUAUAUUUACAAAAAUUACAAUUUCUAGUGAAGUUGCCAACUGAAGAUUGCGUAAAUAAGUAUUCAUACCUCAUCACUUUACAUAUAGGACCAGUGCAACAUUCUUAUGCCAGAUCAAUGCAGUUCCAAGCUACUGUUUUUUUAAGUCUUUGAUUCAUUUUAGUUGGAACUAUUUAAAAAGUGGAAUUUUUAAAGUGUCAUUUAAAAUCCUUUGGUUUAAAUUUCUUGCUUUUUUAACCUAAAUGGAUUUAUUGUUAAGUUUUGCUGUAUUUCUUACACAAUAGCUGUCUAUAUUUAUAGAUUGUUUCUUUUUGUGAUGUACUUUAGAUUCAUAUCUCAGCCUAAACACAUUAUUUUAUUGUUUUGUUUCUACUGCACUGUUUUUGUGUUUAGAGACUCCUUCAGUGUGGGUGUGGUUUGUGCAAAUCUGUCAGCUGAACUCAAGAUAUUGACUUUCAGCUUCUGUAUUACUUACCUCUGCUUGUAGAUGUGCAGUGUUCCAUUACUUGUAAAACAAAAGUAAAAACUAUCCACUCACUUCUAGACAGCCAAGACCAGCAAUAGGUCAUCUGCACCCCCCCCCCCCCCCCCCGCCACAAAUUUGAUUGGCAGAUGUUCCAGAGGGCUGACUAUUUUACAAACGUCAGAGUAGAAAUUCACCUUGGUUGUUAGCAUAUUAUAUGACCUGCUGAAGAUUCACUUCUAUUGAAGUGAAUGGUACUGAAUACCUGUUGCGGGCCAAUGCAAUAUUGCCUGUCUUGCUCUAUUCUCUAAGAUAAAUUUAUACCUUGUUAUGUAAUAUUCUUACAAUCUAAUCACUUAAAUUAUCAUUAUGCCACUAUAAUUUAAUGGGUAGGAAAGGCUGCAUCUCCAUAAAGGUAUAUUCUAGUAACUGUUCUAUACAGUCUGCUGGAGUAAUAACUGCAUGUGUGCUAAAGCAGUAUUCACAAUCCUCUGAACCUAGAGUUUGUGUAGUAACCUUUUACGCAUGCAGUAGGUACUUUUUAAAAUUUUUGAAUUUGUAUAUAAGGCAUUAUGUCAGAUAGGGAAAGAGAUAUCUGUAAAAUACUGUGUAGGGCAUCCACCAUUUCUAGAAUGGUUUAAUCUCCUAGUACAACCACUGUUGAAAUUUAUUGUUGGUUUCUCACUCAUGAACUGAAAAGAUUUAUAGACUUCAUUUGAAUCUCCAGUGCAGAAUUUAUACUUUGUUGAACUAAUAGACCAUUUUUCCUUUGCUUCUCUCUUCUGCUUUAAAUCUUACCCAAUCCUUGGUUGAUUGAGCUAGAAAGCAAUCUAUAAUGGAGUCCUUUUGCAUUGUACAUACGAAAGAGUGGGCCACAAUUACCUUCUGGUGCUAAGUUAGCCCUUCUUUAGAACCUCUUAAUUACUUGACUAUAAUUUACAUCUAUUGGAAAUUAAGGGUGCAACCAGUCAGGCCUGUUCAGUAGCACAUUGGUCUUCACCAGCAGUGCUAAAUGGCUUCUAGCAAUUGGCCUCCCAUUUUACACCACACCCAACUUCCUUGCCCAUUGAAGCUGAUUCACCAGAAAAGCACCCAGCACUACUGGCUUAGACCAAUUUCAGCCUCCCAGCAUACCACCCCACCCCCCUCCAACCCCGCACCUCCCAUUUCUGUAUCCUAAUCGCUAUACCCUUAGCUGCCCAGCACUAGAUUAAAUGCAUUUAAAUGAAAAAUAAUAUAUUUAUUAUAUAUUACCUUGUAUAUAUUAUGGAUUACGAAUAUACUGCCCCAUGUGAUUUAUCUGCAUUAUUAUAAUAAUUUCAAAAGAUGUUAAAUUUCUUGUGCUGAAAUUAAUUGAGAAUGUUUAUAUCAACUGUACAUAGGCUCCACCCUAAAAGAUGUGGAUUUCAUAAAGAUAUAAUUCAAGUGGCUGAAAGGAGGAUAGAUUUGCUAUUUUUAAACAAAAUGUACUUACUAAAUUUUGACUUUGUUUUAUUGUGGUGAGUAUUUAAAGUUACAGUUGUAGAUUGUAAUUGACUGGGUUGCAGAUUGGAUGGGGGACGUUCUAUAAUUUGAGGAGGAUCUCACUGGUUUAUGUUGAAAUGAAACUCUUUUCACCCUCCUUUCCACCCGGAUUUUUCCCCAAAGGGCACUGACCCUUGGAGGGAUAUGGUUGACUGAGCUGCAAGGUGCUCUUUGUUACAUAGUGUGUACCCAAGAGUAAACCAAAUCAAUGAAGUUAUCCAAUCAUGAAGGGCAUCGUAGCCAACACUGAUUCCACAAUGCAUUUCACAGCAAAGUCACUAGAUAGCCAUUGAAAACUGAAAACCAGCUUCUCUUCCUCCUUUUAGCGUGGAGGUGUUGAAAUAAUUUGAAGUGCCUCAAGUGUUCCACCUGGCUUCCACUAACUUGACACCAGCCAGUGUCUAACUUGGAAACCUGAUCCAUAUAACCCUAAUACAUUUAGAUGUUUCAUAUAUAUUGGAACACAUUGCAAGGAAACAAUCCAAUUUGAUAAACCAUCUCUUAUGAUUUUACAUUUCAAAUGAUUUUGUAACUUAAUUACAAAAUUCUGUUAACACAUUGCAUCCAACUAUAGUUUACCUAUGAUCUAAUGCUGAUUUUAGAUUUUGCACUCUUAUUAAAUUAAUACUAAGUAGAAGAUAGAGAAGAGGUGGUGCUGGUUUCCUCACAUUAUGAUUUCUAGAUGUCUAUUAUCAUAGUUUAUAACCUUUUCUGAAGGGCUUUCUUUCUUUCUUUCUGUUUUUUUUCCCCCUAGUGACACCUACCUAAAAUCUAUUUGUUUAAAAACCUUCAGAAGCCACUAUAACUUGCAUUAUGCUGCUACGGUGGACAAUGCUUUGUACUAUAUAAUUUGAUUAAUAAUCUCUAGGCACUGAUAGAAAAUGACCCUGCAACGGGGAAGCUUUUCAUUUAAAUGAGACUCAAAAGACUAUUUUAUGUUUUGCAAAGUUUAUUAAUAUGCAGUUAACCCUGCUUCUUGAAUCCUUUUGUAAAGAAUGGCUUUGGAUAAUAAAUGUGUCAGAACAA